AUAAACGAUCAGUGUGUUGCACCUACAGUUUGUGUGCGCUGCGCGUUUUAAUCGCGCUUGUGUGACUUUGUGAUCUUCCAUAUGCAAAGAAAAUUGAAUAGACUUUUCGAUCGAAGAUAAUAAAUGCAAUUAUUUAUUCAGUGCAGCAAACUUAAUGUGUCAAUCAAUUAAAAGUCAAUCUAUUCAUAUAUUGUGAAAAAUUAUUUGGUGCAGUAGCUUCGACAGUAAACUUUGUUCUUCUUCGACUUCAAAGGCGAUAAAAAGAAAUCAAUUGGCGAAAGUGUGUUGAAUACGAGUUUCGAAUAAAAGUGAAAAUAUGUCUAUAGUUACAAAUCACACGUUUGCAUCCAGCAUUUUAAUUUUCAUCACUAUCUCGAAUGUCAUGAUAUUGUCGCAUUUAUGCGUCGGAACACCUUCAAAUUAUAGUGGUGCAAUUGUCUUCCCUGAUAGAAUUGAAUCAAUGGUUUCGCAACGGUUUGGAAACACACCACGUAAAUUCGUAGCCAAUGUCAAUUCUUGCGCUAUUGAUAAUCAAACAUUUUGUUUAGAAGACAAAAAUUAUCCGUUGGAUAUAAUACAAGGAAUAUUGCAAAGACACGGGAAUGAAUUUAGCAAUGUUUUUAGCAAUGAUAUUAUUCCAAUAGAUAACGUUAUGAAUCGAGAUAAUUUGGAGGAAAUUGACCUUUGUGAUUCCUAUACUGAUGUCUUGUUCCCGAAAACUGGAAAAACUAAAGAAGGAGAAGAUUUAUACAUUUUUAAUACGAAUGAGCAUAAACAAGGUGUUCGUGUUGGGAUGUGCUUAGGCUCUGGUAAACAAUGUAAGCCAAUUGUCAGCGUGCCGAAUGGCUAUCGAACUGAAUGCGUACAACAUCAUGUCUACCACGAACUUCUAUCACUAUCACCUAAUGGACAAGGUGUCAAAGAGACAUUCUCAUUUCCAGCUUGUUGCAAAUGUGCUGCAUACCGAAAUUAGAUCAGCCUAAAGCAACAUGAGAUUGAAUUUGCAUUGACAUCAUUUUCAAUAUGAAAUGUAAUCAGUUCCGAAAAUAGAAUAAUUCAGCCAAUCAGCAUAGCAGAUAUAAAAUAUUACACGAAAUAAAACACAAUAUUCGAAUUAUUUUCAAUUAAAAAUCGAUUUAUCUCAAAUUUGUUGCAUUGAAAUGAGUCAAAUUUAAAAAAUAUAUUUGAAAACUCAAAAAUACUAAAUUUAUUAAGAUAUUAUCCAUUAUCACAGAAUUAAGUAAUCGAAAGAUAUUCGGCGCUGAAGCAAUUAAAAAUGUCCAUGUACUUAUGUAAUUCAUAAGUGAUAAACUCUAAUCAUUCAUCUAAAAAUAGAUACGUUUAAAUCAUUUUUAUUUGUUGUUCAUACUUAUUAUAGCUGUGUUUUUCUUCAAAAGUCGGUGUAGUUGCGGUAUUGAUUAUCUAAUUAAAAACUAUGCAUUAUCUAUGCACGUGUCGGUCUACUGUUAGGUUAAGCUACAGUAAAAAUGAAUAUUACAACUUUAAUUUAUGAAUAUGCAUACGUAUUUGCAUAUGAACGAAUGAAUAUCUUUUAACGGAACGUUUAUAAACAAAUGGCAGUUUUGAAUAAUUUUAUUGAUAGUUUAAUUUUGUUUUCACACUCAACGUCUCCACAAAGAAUUUGUUUUGUUGGCUCAUUUUGAUUUCAUCUAGAAGUCAAACAAAAGGUUAUCCACUAUCACAUUGGACUUCAUACAAAAUAUAUGCAAAUAUAUAAUAUAAACACUAUGAAACA